AUGUCACUCGGCGAAAAUCUACAUCGUGAGGUCCGUUCUGUGCGGAACAUCGAAGUUCAUUACUGCGAUCUCUUCCCAUUACUCAACCCCGGUCGCAAAUUGCCUAGUCCCAUACUCGAUGCUUUCGGGGCAAUCAUCCAGGAUGUUCCCUGCGAGCAGUUUCAUGCUGCUGAUGACAACACAUUGGUGUUGUCGUCCUGGAUUCCUGCUCUUGCAACUGGUGGGGCUACACCUACUCGAGCUGAAGGAUCUAUAGUCGAACAUGUCCAAGCGGCUUGUGGAAAUAUUCCCCUCGACGAUGCACUACAACGGGCACAGUGGAUGAUGCCCCUAUGCGGCAGUUGCCCUUCUCACUGGGUCCUUGGUGUCAUCGACUUCGAACGGAAGAUAUGGGGGAUAUAUGAUAGUAUUCCUGAGCUCGAGUCAGCAAAAUGGGCGCAACCAUUAUUUGAAGCUACCAUUUAUGCCGUCUCAGCACUUUCUGUUACGCACAAAGUCAAUCUCAGAGAUGGCAGUUGGACGAUUGAGAUAUAUUCACCUGACGUCAAUGAACGACAACACGACUCUUGGUCGUGUAAGAUCUUUGACAACAUGCGAUCACGCGCAUUAAACAUGCUACUCAAACUUCUGGUAUCUCGCACGGGACCCGCUGCAUCUAAUGAUUAUUCCUCUGACGACGACGACGACGACGUCACUUGCCUGGAUCAGCAACCUACUGCCUUGCCUGAUGCAAUUCCUGUCUUGUCAGAUGUGAUAACGGAAUCAAAGUCAGUGCCGAAAAAGCUUGUCAGUGCACCACUUAAAAGAAAAGAUAAAGGUGUCAACUCAGACCCCGAUGACACCGACGAUGAAAAGAGGAGAAUCAAAAAGUCAAAAGCUGUCCAGCAGAAAGAUAAUACCCUGCCGCACCUGUCAGCAUCACAACGGCGCAAUGUCUUGAUCAAGGAUCAGUGGGUACGUCAAGCAGAACCUAAGCGUGUUCAGUGCAAUGGGUGUACGAGGUGGAUUGUGCUUCGCUCUGAAGAUAACCGUCAAUAUGAGUUACAUAACUGGGAGGUUCACCGUGAAAAAUGUCCUCACAUUACUGGCAUGCAAAACAAACGAAAGGUCACAACAAAGUCAUCGAAAUCCAAACCUCAGUCUACAGGAAUGCGAUUAUUGCUAGAUUUCUUCAGCAACGCAGCUAUGACCAGGACAGUCCAGAACAAUGGCUCACAGCAAAGUAAGACCGACAACACAACAAAGUAUGCGACUAUCAAGGUCAAGAGUACCCCUUCAAUUGCGAGAAUAUUUCCCAAGCUUGAAACAACACGAAAUACGGCAGUGUCAUCACCCGGCCUGACCCGUCACCUGAGGCUCCUACAGUGCCCUGUCAACACCUCGCUGGGCCAAAGUACACGGAAUACAUACUGCGUCCCCAAACACGGCUCAGGAAUUUCCUACAAACUGCGAACCCGGAUUAGCCGACAACUCUUCAUGUACAAACCAUUCCCAGUUGUUAAAGAUUUCAUGUGCAAAAAAGAGUUGCAACGAGCCGUCCUAGAUCCGGAGAGUGUUCCAUGGGAAGCAGACUGCAAUGUGAAGGAGAAAGACUGGACAAAUGAUGAACAGAAGAAGCUGGAUGAGAGUUUGUUGGCUUGGGCACGAUGGGAAGUUGAUUAUGUCAAUGGUUAUGUUCGCUCGUCUCAGUGCAAACAGCGGACCUUGAACAAGAGUGGAAUAUGUGAUGUGUGCGAAAGACUGGCACACAGUGAUCAAGCAUUCAAGCAUGCUAUCCAACGGAAGACACAGGAAUCGGAGUUGCCAGAAGAGGAACAACACGAGCUUCUGCUGGCACAGGAGAAGUAUACUACCCCUAACACACUCCGUACCACCAAUGGCCGUAUCUUGCAAGACAAGCUCAAGGACCUUGUGGUAUUCAAGAUAUUCAAGAUAAUCGAGCGUGGAAGUCCUGUUGAAUGUUUCGUUGAGCUUUUUGAGGUAGCACAGAGUGGGAAACUUGCAGACCACAAGACAUUCAAAGAAUUAUGUGACGUGUUUCAAAUCACAGAAAUUGCUUAA